GGAGGAAAGAAGAAUGCAGGAGAGAAGGAGGUGAAAGUAGGAGGUGAAGGUAGAGGAGGAGGGCGGUCAGAGGAGGAGGAGGAGCAGGAGGUGAAGGUGUGGAUAAGAAGCGGCUCCUCCUCUUCCUCACACUGACUCCGUGUUUCAGUCAGAACCAGUCUGACUCCGCUCCUCCUGCUCCUUCUGGUCCUGGUCUUGGUUCGGGUCUCACCGUCAUGCUCUCCCCGGGACUCCUCGUGCUCGCGCUGGCCGCCUCCUGCGCUCUGUGUCCGGCCGCGGUCCGGGCCGCGUCCUGCGAGCCGGUCCGGAUCCCGCUGUGCAGAUCGAUGCCGUGGAACAUGACGAAGAUGCCGAACCACCUCCACCACAGCACGCAGGACAACGCGGUUCUGGCCAUCGAGCAGUUCGAGGGGCUUCUGGGUACCGGCUGCAGUGCAGACCUGCUCUUCUUCCUGUGUGCCAUGUACGCUCCCAUCUGCACCAUCGACUUCCAGCACGAGCCCAUCAAACCGUGCAAGGCCGUGUGUGAGCGCGCCAAGUCUGGCUGUGAGCCGGUGAUGAAGCGCUACAACCACAGCUGGCCCGACAGCCUGGCCUGCAGCGAGCUGCCGCUGUACGACCGCGGCGUCUGCAUCUCACCGGAGGCCAUCGUCAAGGCCGAGGGACCAGAUCCGUACUACCAGGACCCGUCCAGGUGUGAUCCAGAAUCCAGUCCAGACUUUCCAAUGGACUCUAACAACCUUCACUGCAGAGGACCACACGGAGAUCGGUGUCGGUGUAAAACGGUCAGAAUGACCAUGAAGACGUACCUGAGGAACAACUACAACUACGUGAUCAGAGCCCGGGUGAAGGAGGUGAGGAACCGUGGUCUGGAGCCCACGGCUGUGGUGGAGGUGAAGGAGGUGCUCAAGUCUUCUCUGGUCAACAUUCCCAAGGAGAUGCACACGCUCUACUACUCGUCCUCCUGUCUGUGUCCUCCUCUGUCUCCUGGGGAAGAAUACCUCAUCAUGGGCUACGAGAACGAGGAGACGUCCAGGCUCCUCCUCAUCGACACCUCCAUUGCUCAGAAGUGGAAGGACAAGAUGGGCAAGAAGGUCAAGAGAUGGGGUCAGCUCGGGCAGGGCAAAGGUCGAGGAGGUCAGCGCGGGGGUCGCCACUGAGCUCUGCCUGUGUGUGUGUGUGUGUGUGUGUAGAUAUUGCACUAUCACUGAAUGUAGUUCAUCCCUUCAUUUGUUUUGUUGUAUUUUCUUUUCUUUGCACAAACAAUAUUUAGUGUGUGUGUGUGUGUGUGUUUGUCAGAGAGAGAGUGUGUGUGUGUGUGUGUGUGUGUGUGUGUGUGUGUGUGUGUACCUACAGCACUCAUAAAGACAUUAUAGAAGGAGGAGCUUUUUUACUACGCACAGCCAUACAGUCUGUACGUGACACUUUUAAUCUCCGGUGGCGGCCAUUUUGGCUCCAUGGCCUUUGGUAAGCCUGGAGGUCGGCCAUGUUGCCGUGACAACGGGAAGGAGGACAUUUAAUGGACGUUUGUGCUUCGAUGAUGGGUCUGUGACCACGACCUGAAGUUUGACUGAACUGAAGAGAAGGAACAAGGAUUCUCCUUAUUAGCAAACAGCCAGAGCAACCAAAGCAACCAGAGAGAGCAACCAGAGCAACCAGAGAGAGCAACUACAGCAACCGGAGAAAGCAACCAGAGAGAGCAACUACAGCAACUGGAGAGUGCAACUAUAGCAACCAGAGAGAGCAACCAUAGCAACAGGAGAAAGCAACCAGAGCAACCAGAGAGAGCAACCAUAGCAACAGGAGAGAGCAACCAUAGCAACCAGAGAAAGCAACCAUAGCAACCAGAGAGAGCAACCAUAGCAACCAGAGAGAGCAACUAUAGCAACCAGAGAGAGCAACCAUAGCAACCAGAGAGAGCAACUACAGAAACUGGAGAGAGCAACUAUAGCAACCAGAGCAAACAGAGACCAUAGCAACCAGAGAGAGCAACCAUAGCAACCAGAGAGAGCAACUAUAGCAACCAGAGAGAGCAACCAUAGCAACCAGAAUGAGCAACUACAGCAACUGGAGAGAGCAACUAUAGCAACCAGAGCAACCAGAGAUUGAAACCAUAGCAACAAGAGAGAGCAACUAUAGCAACCAGAGAGAGCAACUAUAGCAACCAGAGCAACGAGAGAGAGCAACUAUAGCAACCAGAGCAACCAGAGAUCGAAACCAUAGCAACAAGAGAGCAACUAUAGCAACCAGGGAGAGAAACCAGUUUCCUUCUUACAUGAUUCGGCUGUGAUUGGAUUCAGGGGGCGGAGCUUCUGUUAAAGUUGCUGCUCUGUGACUGAUGUUUUUAUUCUUUUCACUUUGAAACAUUAAACAUUCAAAUUCA